AUGUCAGCAAAAAAAGGUUACUCCCAGUCGGGGGGCUAUAGAGGCGGCGGCGGAGGCAACGCUGGAAACACAUGUUUCAAUUGCGACAAAACGGGUCAUAUGAGCCGCGAGUGUCCCGAACCGGACAGACGCCGGACGGGUACUGGAGGACGAAGUGGUGGUGACGGGAGUGGCGGUAACCGCAGACAAGUCACUUGUCAUAAGUGCGGUGAAUUGGGUCAUAUCAGUCCCCAGUGUCCGCAACAACGAGCUGGUGGUGACCGCCGCGGCGACCGCAGCACCAGUACUAGUGGUGGCGGUGAUUAUCAUAAGCCCCAGUCGUCCACUAGUGGUCGGUCAUCGCAGUCACCGCCACAACAACAACAGCAGCGGUCGCCUCGAAGUAAAGAGGUUCCGUAUAUACCCGAUGAGAGGCCGAGCAGAGCGAGCGCACAGUUUGUCCGCCGCCCCGACACCGGCACCAAAGGCACACUCAUUCAAUUGAUAGCAAAUCAUUUCCGACUAAUCAUCGAAGACAUAGUCGUAAACCACUAUCACGUGGAGUUUGAGUGCGGCGCCCGAACCCUGGGUCAGGCGGUCGCGUCCGGUGGCGGCGAUGUCGGAGCCGAUCGCGAGUCCAAGAAUAAAGUCCGUAAAUUGCGGCAAAAAGAGAAUCGGCAGGUGUUCCGCGAGUUUAUGUCUAAUCAGCCGCAACUGUUCCGCGACCCGCAAACUGGCGAUCAAUUGUUGCCCGUAUUUGACGGCAACUCCAACUUUUAUACUAAAGGCCGUCUGUCUCAGGACGAGAGCACGUGUACUAUUCAAGUGGCGAUCGAUGGAUCCGAACCGGUCAACGUUAAAGUGACCAUAAAGUACACUCAACCCAUAGAUUUGAGUUCUAUUAACCUCUACUAUGACGGCCAGUCCAAUACAGUGCCCCGCGAAGCCAUGCAAGCAUUGGAUAUUAUCUUA